UGUUUCCGUUGGUUUUAUCUCUUUUCGUUCCCUUUUGUAAAAUCUUUCUUGUGUUUCCGCCAUCUUCUGUCAUGGCUUCCUCUGUUUCUCCGGCGAGUCCGUGCCGUAAUCGUGCCGGAUAGUAUGAAAUUCUGGUCUCUCGGCGUACUUUUGAUCGAUUGGGGACCACUCUUAAUCGAAAACAUGAACGUAUAGGUUUUUCCGAUAUCCUUUUUCUAGGUUUUCUGAUGCUUUUCAUAUUCUGCGCGCCUUCCAUCGUUUCUCCGGUCGUUGCGCUUCUUUCGUGAGUAUUCAGGAGAGGAGUUUUGCUUUAUAAUCGACCUUAUGAUCGAGGUUUUGCUUUGGGUGAGAAAAAAUAAAAUUAAGAGAAGUGUUUAAGGCUUUAGUUUCCUUCUUCGUGGUGAGGCAUGAGAGAAGCAAGGGAAACUGAACCCAGUGAAAUCGAGCAUCUUCCUGUGCAAAUGAGUGGACAUCCGCGAGAUCUGUUGAAAAGGUUCUCAGCUACUAAUUACCGACCAAGCGAAUUUGCGGAGGCAAGAGAAGAUACUGAAGAGAUCGAGCUUAAUCUUGGGCUUUCUUUGGGUGGUUGCUUUGGGGUAGACCCAAGGGAGAAGAGGCUCGUACGGUCGUCAUCGAUCGCUGGCUUAACGACUAUGGCGAGAGACGAAGAUGCCUCAGCUCCUCCUCCUGCGGCAUGCUCCGCUCUUACACGGACAUGUUCGCUCCCUACGGAGACGGAGGAAGAGCGCAGGAAGCGAAAAGAGCUGCAGUGCCUUAGGAGGAUGGAGGCAAAGAGAAAGCGAUCAGAGAAGCAAAGGAAUUCCAGGGCAGGUAAGGAUCGAGCCUCCUUGGAGGGAAAUUGCGAGGAGGAUAAGAGGUUAGACGAUGAAGUUCUGUUGUCAUUGAAUUUAAAAGGGAAGGUUGAGAACAUUACUAGUUUCCAGGGUUUUACAAGCAAUGCUUUAGCGAAACAGCAGCAGCAGCAACCACAACCGCAGCAGCAAUACAUGACUGCCAAUGACUUCACUUCAUCGGCAGCUCCGACUUUUGGCCUGCUCACUUGGGCUGCAGCUGCCCAGGGAGCCGCUCAUCCACAUGGGAUGGAUACAAGCACGAAUGGCAAAGGUAACGUUUUGGCUGCCGCCUUUCCCAUGCGAGGAUACCCACCACCGUCCUCACAGGGAUCGCUUGGAUCGCAGGGCAGUAGCUCUUCUGGGGUUUCUGAAUUCGAGAGUCGACCAGUUCAAGGAUUGAGCAGUUGCAGUGAAGCAAGAAGCCCUACCAGUGUGCAGUCAUUGCCAGAAAAUUGUGAGCAGAAACCAACGGCCAGCCCUGCCAAAACGUUGGCUGAAAUGCCAAGCAAGUUUGCUGGAGUUGAGAUGGAGACAUCAAAGAAACCGAAUGUGGUUGACAAUGGACUGAGGGAGUUGGGGAGAAAUAUGAUGGAUGAGAUGCCUUGUGUAUCUACUAGGGGAGAUGGCCCCAAUGGGAAGAGAAUAGAAGGGUUCCUGUACAAGUACAGGAAGGGAGAGGAAGUUAGGAUAGUCUGUGUGUGCCAUGGCAGCUUUCUUUCUCCAGCUGAGUUUGUUAAGCACGCAGGUGGCGGUGAUGUGGCACAUCCCCUGAGACAUAUAGUUGUCAAUCCAUCCCCCUCUUCUCUUUUGUAAUGAAAAAUGAGAAGAGGUACGACAGAGAAGAAAACAAAGUGCAACAAAUGUUCAGGAGUUUUUUUCCCCUCUUUAUUUUUUCUCUCUUUUUAUUUGUAUUUGUUACAUAUGCCUCCUUUUGUUGAAAAACAAAAUGGUCGAAGUUAAAAGAAGAGAUUUUCACAUAUAACUAAUGAGGCUCCUUUCUCCUCUCUUAUCUUGCCAUUUCCUAUUCUUCAGAUGCUCUUUUCAACUUGUACUUGCAGCAAAUUCACAUGGAUGAUUCAAAUAUGUAGCUUAUGGUUGAUCGGUUGGAUUGAUGAGAUUGAAAUGGAGAAGCAGGCCUGGAAUAUGUA